GUUUUCUAGAGUGAAAGGGAGCGUGCACAGCGCCUGUCAACGUUGUGACCACAAUGUGACUACAUUUCCCAUGGUGCACUGGGUUUAUAUUACUGCGUCUUAGUGCUAAACGAUCGCAGCAUUACUUUGCUACUUUUUGAGGGCCCUAAACCAUGUACACAGAGUUGGCAGUUGCAAUGGGGCUUGGAGCGGUGGUAGCCCUGGUAUUUCUGAAGAAGAAAAAGAGUGUCCUGAAAACUCAGGAUGGAUGGUGGGGUGUGGGAGCUUGUCCCCAAGGACCUGAGGAUGACAGUAUCCGCCCUUUUAAAGUUGAAACAACUCCAAAAGAGAUUGAGGAUCUGCACCGCAGGCUAGAUCAGACCCGCUCCUUUCCUUCUCUUGAAGACAGUCAGUUUAACUAUGGCUUCAACUCCAAAUACCUUGAGAAGGUUGUGUCUUAUUGGAGGAAUGCUUUUAACUGGCAGAAACAAGUGGAUAAACUGAACAGAUAUCCUCAUUUCAAAACAAAAAUCGAAGGUAUUGAUAUUCACUAUGUUCAUGUGAAACCAAAAAACCUGGCUGAGGGAACCCGUGCUCUGCCUCUGAUGAUGAUACAUGGAUGGCCAGGCUCCUUCUAUGAGUUUUAUGGCAUCAUCCCACUGCUUACGGAACCAUCCAAUCCUGAUGACAUAACCUUUGAAGUCAUUUGUCCCUCAAUACCUGGUUAUGGUUUCUCAGAGGCCCCACAUAAGAAAGGUUUUGAUGGUGUAUGUGCAGCACACAUAUUCAAUAAACUGAUGAAGAGACUUGGUUUCAACCAGUACUAUGUUCAGGGAGGAGACUGGGGCUCACUUAUUUCCACUAAUAUGGCCCAGCUGGACCCCAAUGCUGUGAAAGGCCUCCACAUUAACUUUGCUCCCCCGGGACAAGCGGGUCUUCGCAUGAUGUUGUCUAUAUUUUUUGGUCGCCGAUUCCCCAAACUCUUCGGAUUCACUGAACAUGAUGUAAAACGCCUUUUCCCAACUAUGGAAAAGCUUGUAAUAGACUCAAUAAGGGAGUCUGGAUACAUGCAUAUACAGUCAACUAAACCCGACACUGCAGGCCGUGGAUUGAAUGACUCUCCCGUUGGUUUGGCUGCCUACAUUUUGGAGAAAUUUUCAACCUGGACUGAUCCUGAGUUUAAGAAACUUGAGGAUGGUGGGCUGGAGAGGAAGUUUUCUCUUGAGGAUCUUCUGACGAAUGUGAUGAUCUACUGGACCUCUGGGUGCAUCAUAUCCUCCAUGCGUUUCUACAAGGAGAACUUCAGCAAAGGCCUGAACCAGCCCCAUGCAAAGCUUCCAGUUUACGUUCCAACAGCUGUGGCAUCCUUCCCCAAUGAGGUGAUGCACUCCCCUAAAUUGUGGGUGACACAGAAAUACCAUAACCUCAAGACUUACACUCCCAUGGCUCGCGGGGGCCAUUUUGCUGCUAUGGAGGAGCCACAGUUACUGGCAGAGGAUGUUCAGAACUUUGUCAAGAUUGUGGAAAAGAGAAAAAAGAAAUAAACACUUCUACAUCGUUUCAUUCACAUGCACGGGACUAAUGAAAGUCACUGUUUAGAUGCAUAGAUAAACGUGCAUCUUAACAGAGAUGACCAUGAAGUACAAGUAACCCUUGGACCACAAUAAAUUGCUAAUCCUAAUCAUUACUGUGUCAAAAACUAUUAUAAACAAAUGCAUUACGUUUAUUUUUAAGUAACAGCACUGUUUAAUCCUAGAAAUGCAUUACCACAAUUUUGUGCCUCAGAUUUAUUGCAGUUUAAAUGACUAUAUAAUGACUUUUGAUAUAUUUCAGUGAUUAUUUGUGGAGAUGCUGAAGUGUUCUGACAGUUUUUGAACGGGACCACAGGAAUCAAUUUAAUGUUGAUGUUAAACUGUAUGCAAUGAUAGUCAAUCCUUUAUUAAAGCACUUUCUAAGUAA